UAAAUCUUGUAAGUCAUCCAAACACAUGCCCCGUGGGCUUCUCAUCCCUCGCUCCCUCGCUCCCCUGCCGCCACCCGCGAGGCGUCGGGGAGGGUUCCCGAUCCCGGCCGUCGCACCCCCCUCCUCCUCCCUCCUCCGCCCUCGCCGCCGCCAAGGGGCGCGGCCUGGCGAAGCCCGGUCAUCGCCGGCGGCUGCGGGGCUCCUUCGUCCCUCGCCCCGUAGGGUUUGGCGCGGGCCAGAUCUAGCGGCUGGGCGCGGCGCUCGAUACCGGGCGCGGCGGCGCCCCGGAGCAGGCCGGCGAUGGUGGCGUUCGACGGGCGGCGGGCUGCAUGGUGGUGGCGUCGGCGGCGGUGCCCCCGGCAGCGCUUCGGUGUCGCGUGUCGCGGUUGACCGGGCCGCGGGCGGCCCUCUCGCCGUGGUGCUUUGGUGGGGGGCGCGGCAGCGGUGGUGGUGGGCUGCCCCCACCCAGUCGGGCCCUCGCGGCUGGGUGGCGGCGCUCGACUCGGGUGGAUCCCCCGGUGGCGUCUUCAGGUGGCGUUGGAGGCGGCCCCGCAACCCUCCCUCUUCGGCUUCGGGCGACGGCCGAUGCCUCCUGAUACUCUGGCCCUUUGAAACGGGGGCGGAACUCGGUUCCGGGAGGAAGUUGGAGCCGACAUGGGUGUCGGUCGUAGCCAUGGGCCACUUCUCUGCCUUCCCCUUCCACCGAUCAAUGUGGUCGCGGCUCUCCUCGAGGCAGCUUGGCCGGCGGUGGAUCUGGAGGUGGUUGGGGUCGUGGAGGGCAGAGGAAGACAAGGGACCCGUCCAGCCCGAUGCCGCCGGCCGCUCAGUGCCAAACUCGCGAGGCAACUCGAGUCAAUUCACUCGUGCCGCGUUGACUUGGCCCGGGAUGGAGACGUCCCUGCAGGAGAUGAGAGCAGAGGGGAGGAUCUCAUCUCAGACGGUGGAACUACCUCACCUCACAAGUCUGCAUCGCUGUCGCCGUCGCCCCGCACGCGCACCCCGCACGCGGAUGGAUCACUACCUCUAGCAUAUAUAGAGAUGAUAUGGUCUUGGAAGAAGAAGGCGUGAUGGAGAGUACCAUGGUGCCACGGAUCCGUGACGUGGCGCAAAGAUGAUGCUAGCUACCAAGGCAACCAAUGGAUGGAACUGGGGGAGGGACGAGGAGGAGGAGGCAGCCAAUAAAUGUAACGGGAGGAGGCGGAGUGACAUUAGGGGGUGCGUUUAAUUAAGGUUGCCCGAUUCCGAUGAGGAGGGAUGCGUACGAAACAAUUAGUGUAGGAAGGCUCGUUAAG